GUGUGUGCGGAGUCGACGCCAUUUCGUGUCAGCCGGUGUCGAGGUGCUUCCUACACAGUAAGCGGACGACCCAGCUCCCGAGUAAAACAAGCGUUCAGUUGUUCUCAUUUUUAGUGUUAAGGUCCUGGUGAGUAUUUUUAAACAAGAGGUUUUUUGCGCUUUUUUUUCAUUUUUUUCCUGAAUUUUGAAGCGUCUCUGGGAUAUUUUUUUAAGUGUUAUUUUUUAUUUUUUUUUGAAUUGCUAUUUUUUUCUGGCUGGUUUUCCCGAGGCUGUGUUGACUGGCUGGCUGACUGUUAUGGCGUACAUUUUGUGACGGCAGUAACAAAACUGGUUUGCUGUUAAUGUUCACCUCGGUGUCUUUGCUCUUGUGGGUUUUUUUCUAUUUUAAACCUCCAUUUUUCAGGCGUGUUGUGUUCUCUUGUCGUGUAUCCUGACUGUUGGCUCGUUUUCAUGCAGAGAAAUGUGGAGGAUUGUCCCCAACUGUUUUUUUUUUAUUGUUUUUUAAACCGGCUUACUCAAAUCUCUGGAAUAAUCAUUUUUAUGUUGCUUUUUCAUCAGCCAGAAAAAAAAAGGUUUACAUUUCUUGAAAAUUGGUGUUUUUUUUUUUUUUCAAUUUUCUUUUGUAGUGAUUGCUGAGGCUUUUAUGUUUUCCUGCAGAGGAAUGAUGUCAUUUUUCAGGCAUUUUUCAAGGACAUUUGCACAAUCAACAAGUUUGGAGUUCUCUUUGCAUAGGCGCCACGUAUUCUUUUUUCCUUUUUGGCAAUAUUGGUAUAUUUAAUAAAGCGAUUUUUUUGUUUGUUUUUUUCCCCGAAAAGUACUAUUACAAGAGAGGCGUUGAAGGGAGCUUUUGUGGAGGAUAAUUGCAAUUACCCAGUUUGUUUUUGAGCAUGUGACAAUAAAGUUAUUUCUAUUUCGAGGUGUGCAGAUGUUAUGACCCUAGAGCUCUAUCAGGAUCGAAAUGGCUAUCUGUACAGAAAGGCAGGCAGGCAGCCGUCCACCGAGCCGAUAAAGACACAAUGGACUGGUCGCCGUCCUCCACCUCCAGCUCCAUGGCGAGCAGCAACGUGACCAACAAGAACGACCCCCGCUCCCUGAACUCCCGAGUCUUCAUCGGCAACCUCAACACCUUGCUGGUCACCAAGGCCGACGUGGAGGCCAUCUUCUCCAAGUACGGCAAGAUCGUGGGCUGCUCCAUCCACAAGGGUUACGCCUUCGUGCAGUACUCCAACGAGAGGAACGCCAGGGCCGCCGUGUCUGGGGAGGACGGCCGGAUGAUCGUCGGGCAGGUGUUAGACAUCAACCUGGCAGGCGAGCCAAAGCCUCGCCGAUCGAAGACGGUGAAACGAUCAGCGGGAGACAUGUACAGUUCAUCUUUUGAAUUGGAUUAUGAUUUCCAAAGAGAUUACUAUGACAGAAUGUACCCCUACCAGUCUCGGGCGCCUCCUCCUGCCCCGCCUCCUCUGACGCGUGCCGCGGUCCCGUCCAAGCGCCUCAGGGUGAGUCUGAACAGCGGGGGAAGCCGAAGGAGCAAGACCGCCUUCUCCACGAUCUCCUCCAAGAGCAGCCAGAGGACCUCCCGCACAAUGAGGACGGACGAUUUACAGACCAUCAAGAGAGAGCUGACGCAGAUUAAGCACAAGGUGGACUACCUGCUGGACAGCUUGGAGCACAUGGAGAAGGACCACAGUAAGAAGUCGGAGAUUAAAAGCUCCAAGCCAGAACCCGGCGAGGUGUCUCCGCUCCACUCAUCUACUUCCAGCAAGAAGGAGGGCGCCCUGAAGAGAGCCAGAGGGAGCCAGGAGGUGAACGACUCGGAGGAGGACGGAGAUCUGCUGGAGGACGAGAUGAAAAGCAGAGGGCGAGACGAGGAUGACGACGAACAGGAGGAGGGGGAGGACGACGGCGACAGCACCAACGGAGACGAGUCCUGAACGGGCCACGGAGAGGACACACACACACACACACACACACACACACACACACACACACACACACAGCACCUGAACCCGAACGUGUGUUAACCUUUCUCCACACCACAGUUACCUGCUCGUUUCUGCCAAAGUGGUAGAAUGUUUCGCACAGCUUUGACUUCCUACAGAUUAGAAGUGAAUUCCUCUUUUUAUUUCUUCUUCUUUUUUUACUAUGUUUCAUGUGUUUCCUCUGAACGGCCCUCUGCUGCUAGUAGACAAGUGACUUUCUCCCUGACCCAAUCUACCGGCACUGUGCUGUUCUGUGCGACUUCUUCAUCGCUGAGAGAUUUUAAGAUUUACUGCACAACAAAAAGAACUGAUCACUAGUUUUUUUCUUUUUUUUCUCCACCUAAAAUAUGUUUUCUUGUUCUGUUUUCCUGGUUCUGUUUUGUUAGUUGAUUAUUUUAACGUUGUUUUUUUUUUUUUUUUUUUUUUGAGGGUUGACUUGAACAAAAUGAUCUAAAAUUGCUGCAGCCAUACUGCUAAAUCCUUCAAAAAUGAAAAAAAACCAAAACAAAACAACCCCAAACUGCCAAUCCUGCUGCAACGCUGCAUCCCAACCAGCAGGUGGCAGCGUGCGCCAACUACAAGAGGAUGAUGACCUGUUUGUGUUCCUCAGACAAUCACUCCCCAUUUCUCGCAAAUUCCAUUGGUUUAAAAUGUUUUUUAACCGGAGCCGACCUCGGUUCAACUCUGUCAGCCUCCAUGUUCCUUCUUGACUUCACAGGCAAAUAAACGUGUUGAAGUUUUAA